AUGCUUUCGCUGGAUACGGACGUUAUCAUGCCCAAUACUGGGACUCAGACGAUAGUACUGCACUGGUAUCAACCGCAUCUUACCUUCAACUGUACAGAUGGAAAUCAUCAUGAGCAGACUAGUAGUCGCCUCAUUCCUGACAAUAAUUUGAACCAUACAACGGACUAUCCCGCGCCGUAUAUUGGACCCCGGCCUCCGCCAAACACGCACCAUCGCUACGUCUUCCUGCUCUUCGCACAGCCACCAAACUACGAGUUUCCGAAGUGUUUCUCGCAUAUUCCUCCCAAGACACCCGAGGCACGUACAGGCUUCGACCUCCGCCAGUUCAUGCAUGCCGCCGCGUUAGAUCCGCCCGUUGCUAUCAAUUACUUCUACGGCCGGAAUCACGCUUCGGAUCAUAACUGUCCGCCGCCUUCUUCAAGUGUGACCACUACUUCAUUCCGAUCGGUGACCUGUACGACUCGUCGGACUGGGGUCUGA